UGAUAGAAUAAAAAUAAAGUGGGUGGGCGGUAUACGACGCUCGUAGUCACUGGUCACUGUGUGUGUGUGUGUUUUUUGAGGGUUUUUUGAUAGUGUGUGUGUAAGUGAAAAGAUGCCGUGCCUGAAUCUGUCAACAAACGUCAACUUGGAGGGUAUUGACACGUCAUCAUUCCUAUCCGAAGCCACCUCCGCCGUCGCUAAAAUCAUCGGCAAACCAGAAGCGUAUGUGAUGAUCGUGUUGAAGGGUUCUGUACCCAUGGCUUUUGGAGGUACUGAGCAGCCAGCUGCAUAUGGGGAGUUGGUGUCAAUUGGGGGUCUUAAUGCUGAGGUAAACAAGAAGCUGAGUGCGGCAGUUGCAGAACUUCUCGAGACCAAGCUGUCUGUUCCCAAAUCACGGUUCUUCCUGAAGUUCUAUGACACCAAGGGAUCCUUCUUUGGAUGGAAUGGGUCCACCUUUUAAACUUCUUAUUUGUGUUUUACAACUGAAGCCGCAAUGCUGCAUUGGCGUGAACUAUAUCAUGUGAGUGGUUAUUUUAGACUUCAAAUAUCCAUGUUAUAACAGUGGAUAUCUAGACUUCUAUGUGAAACUUAUGUUGAUAACAUUAUGUGUUGGUACAAGGGACGCCAGGCCCUGUAACUUUACUAUAUGACAUGAUCUUAGAUGAUGUCCUCGCA